CAAAUGUGCGUAUACUAAAUAUGGACUGUGCAGCUUACCAUUCUAUCAUUUAGUAUUAUAAUCUAUCAUUUUACAUUUAUAAUAAAACUGCAGGUUAUUUAACUACAUGUUGAAUUAAUAAACACUUUUUUAGUUAGAGAAAAGAUUGUCAAAACAACUUGGGAAUAAUUAACAAUGGUAAGUCAGCUAAUUACUCUCGCAACGUUUAACGGGCGACUGGGCAGUGGCUAACAGGUUUUAACUAACGGUUUCUGCGACACCUGAUAUUGCAACCAAACCAAUAGCAAAUCGGGUCAAAGUCAUGUGACAAGAGAAGUCGUACGAUUAUUUUUGAAUACCGUCCAAUGGUGAAUUUUAUUUUUGAUCGGAACGUUCAACAGCCAGUGCUCAUGUUGGCUUCGUUUCACUUUAAAUUCGACUGGCCUUCCAAGAACUUCGUCCAACUGAAAUGAAUGAGGCCGAGGGGAAGACCAGCGUGGCCCGUUUGCUCAGCGCAGUUGAGUGUGACCUGGUGGCGGGCAGUGAGAAGGGAGAUCCCACCGAAAAGCAAUUGAAGGUGGUCCUGGAAGAUGCAAAUCUUUGGCAAAAGUUCAAAGCAGUCACCAACGAAAUGAUUGUCACCAAGAAUGGAAGGCGGAUGUUUCCAGUUCUGAAAAUAAGUGUAUCUGGAUUAGAUCCAAAUGGCAUGUAUUCAUUCCUGCUCGACUUUGUUGCUGCUGACAGUCAUCGUUGGAAAUACGUGAAUGGAGAAUGGAUCCCAGCUGGUAAGCUGGAACCGCUGACACAAAGCUGUGUCUACAUCCACCCAGAAUCACCCAACUUUGGCGCACACUGGAUGAAAGCACCAAUAUCUUUCAGUAAAGUCAAGUUGACGAAUAAAGCAAACACCACUGGACAGGUGAUUUUAAAUUCUCUGCACAAGUACAAGCCCCAAGUUCAUAUAGUGCGUGUCGGAGGCCCUCACAGAAUGAUUUCUAAUCACACCUUCCCUGAAACUCAGUUCAUUGCUGUGACUGCAUACCAGAAUGAAGAGGUUACAGCACUGAAGAUUAAGAAUAAUCCCUUCGCCAAAGCAUUCCUAGAUUCUAAAGAAAGAGUCAGUUAUAAGGAGAGUUCGGAUGACAUUCCUGGAAAUCAUCACUUGAGUUACUCUCACAUAAGCAGCUGGUUGAUACCUAAUGGUGAGACUAUUUGUAUCCCAGCAAAUCCAAGUUAUCAGUACCAUUCUGCCUUGCCACUUCCUAGUGGUGCCCACACAUUCCACAACAGUGAACGAUAUAGCUCCCGAUGCAGCCACCUGGCCACUCCAUAUCCAACAUCAUACGUACAUAGAAAUUACUCAGCAGUGCCCUUUGCAGAAAACACCAACAACCUUCAGGCUCUCCCAGGACAUGAUAAUUGGCCAACCUUGCCACCACCUCCACAUGCCAACACAUUACCACUGACUCAUGCAUCUGGAACCGGAUCCAAUUCCAGCCAGUAUACAUGCCACUGGGCAGUGGGCAAUCGUUCAGUUAGUCCAACUAACCAAAUGACCUCAGCUGCUGUCAAUCCUCAAAGUCCAUUUAUUCGAGGAAACCUGAGCUUGCCGACAACUCCUUCAUCCUUUGUCGCUGUGACAAGUUCAAACGGAGCCACGGUGGAGAUGAUCAGUGAAUCCCCACUAACCAGGCUUGUGGUAUCACCUUGGAGCACAAGUUCAUCUCCAUCAUUCUAAAAAUUUACUAUAUGUGAUGAUUGAUUAUUGUCACCAUCUCCUUCAGCAGAAUUAACUUUUCUCUGCAUACGUUUAUCUAGUCACAUUUUAGCCUUAAAUUUUUAAAUGCGAGAAAGGGAUAUUUGUCAUAUUGGGUAAGGGUGUCCGCUUUGUUUGGUGAACUCCUCUAUCAACCAGUCCCAAUUAAUCCUAAACAAAACCUUGAAUGAUUAAUUUUUUGUUUCCACUAAACCUAUGAUCAGAGUGUAAAACUGAAUAAGUCUUAAAAUUGAGUUUUGAAUUGGAGAAGGAUAGAAACAUAGAAAACCUACAGCACAAUACAGACCCUUCGGCCCAUGAAGUUGUGCCGAACAUGUCCCUACCUUAGAAAUUACUAGACUUCCCCAUAGCCCUCUAUUUUUCUAAGCUUUGUGUACCUAUCUGAAAGUCUCUUAAAAGACCCUUAAAAGGAUGAAUUAAAUGGAUGACGUGCAACCAAAUGAAAUCUUUUCAACUCCAUGCUUUGGUUUCAUAGUGAAAUUGAGGAUAAUAACUUGACAAGUUCAGCAAAUAGAAUGCUGAUCAGUUCAGAGUCAGUGGGGUGAAGGCUCUGAUGUCUCAAUGAGUUCAUCUUCCAUUUGUAGUGGCCUCUAUUUUAACCCCAGAAUACCUUGCCAAUGUUUCUCCAGACCCAGAUCCCCAUACGAUUGCAGUUUUGCAUUCUGGUUCAGCUUGCAUAACAAUUUGUACAAGCUUUAGGAUUGAACUUUGGGCAAAAAUUUCAUUUGGUGUAGAUGGAUUUGGCAAUAGCUGGCUGUGCCCGCAGAACUAGCCACAGCUCCAAAUCAAAUGUAUUGGUGAUUACACACCCAUCUAUUUGUUAAGAAAAUAAUUUUCUAUCUUUUGUGGUGAUUUUUAAAUUUGUUAUUGUCACAUGUACUGGUGUACAGUGGAAAAUUUGCUUUGCAUGCCGUUUAUAUACAUAAUUUUAUCCUAUCACUACAUCGAGGUAGUAAAUGGAAAAGCAAUGAUAGCAUGAGCCAUAGUGUGACAAUUACAAAGUAAGUGUAGUACAAGCAGACAGGAAUGUGCAAGGUUAUGACCAGGUAGACUGAAGUCAAGAGACCAUCUUAUCAAAAAAUUGAUAAUCUUACAACAGUGAAAAAGAAAUUGUACUUAAGCCUGACAGAACAUGCUUUUAGUUUUUUAGAUAUUUAGCUUAUUAAGAGAUUGACUGUUAUAUAUAAAUAUUUUUUUCAGCUUUCAUUGCAGCACUGAAGGUGUCCAUCACCAUCAGAGAUACUUUUUGAUGAAAUUUUAAGCUUGAGUCCUUUCCCUUUUCUCUGCUGGACUCAUUGCUCUUAUUUAAUCUAUUUGAAGACGAGCAAAAGAGUUGCCGAGUUGUCUUCAUUACUAAUCCCUCAGUCAAUAUUAUACAUUACAUGGCAGCGUAGCAGCUAGUGUAACACUUUAAAGGGCCAAUGAUCAGGCUUCAUUGUAAGGAGUGUGCAUGUUCUUGCUAUGACUACAAGGAUUUCCUCUGGAUGUCUCAGUUUCCUAUCACACUUCAAAGACGUGCAGGUUAGUAAUUGUUAGUAAGUUGUGAUCAGGAUAUGUUGAUGCCAGAAGUGUGCUGAUGCUUGUGGGUUGCUCCCAGUACAUCCUUGGUUUGCCUUGACCAUUGAUGCAAGCAACUCAUUUCACGAUGUAUGUGUGACAAGUAAAGCCAAUCUAUCUAUUUUUUUCUUUAAAACAGAUUCUGGUCACUGAUGCAUUUCAGUUAAUAGUACUUGCUAUAUGCAAACUGGCAAACGUGAUUCUUAAAUUAAAACAGUGUAAAAGAA